UUGAGAUUUUUACACCUCAUGUCAAAAUUGACACCUUUUUUACAUUUUUAUCCAUACACGGUUUUUUAAACUUUUUUAACUUUUACAUUUUUCAAUUUUACUUUUCAAAAAGUUUAAUAAUUACAAUUUUACCUUUUCCCUUCUUCCUUACACACGUACACGCACGCCACCUCAUAACUCCUUUCUUAUUUUUUUUUUUUUGAAUUUUUCAUUUAUCUGAUUCUUCCACUCUUCAAACCGAGCUUCCCACGAUCACCAUUAUCAAGCCCUAACCAAUUUCUUCUUCCCACGAUCACCUUCUCCAAGCCCUCACCCACGUUUUCCUCAACCUACAUUGUCAUCCUCCACUAUAUUUUCUCUAUAUAAAUGGCAACCACUAGAAGUGGUUCGAAAUCACCAUCUCCGGCGAAGAAAGUUUCUUAAAAAUCGAAGAAGGCUCCAACUGUUACUUCCAAAGUCGAACCUAAGAUGGGGUUAAAAAAAAUUGCUAAAAAUUUAGUGGCUGAUGUUCCAGAGACAUCGGGCACUAAGAAAAGAGCCCCUCCUGUUAAAGUCGAUGCUCCUAAGACUAAGAGAGCAAAAAUUUCCAAGUCUGCACGCGAUGUUUCCUCAGAUUCUGAUUUUGAGGAUGAAGUGCAUGGUGAGGACCAAAAGCCCAAAGUUGAAUCAAAGGUCCAUGCUAGGACCUCAGUGAAGGUUGAAGGAUUUGACCUACCAAAGAAAAAUCCCCCUAAGGUGUCCUUUUUUAAAAAAAAAAAUUAUUUUUAUUAUUUUUAUUAUUUGUUUUCUGUUUUUUUUUUAGUUUUUUUUGUUUUUGUCCUGAUUUAUUUUGUUUAUAUUGAUACAGGAAUGGGAUUAUAUUUAUGACCAGAAGAAUCUAUUCAUUGCGAAAGCCUUUUCCACUGCUACUUUCCAGGUGAUAGAGAACAUUAAGUCUUGUCUUUCAGAUGUACCGCUUGAAAUGUUUUCAAAAACCUGUUUUGGUCAUUUCCUUAACCUUCCCGAUUUUAAAGUUCAACCCCAAGUGUUUCAUGGGUUGUUGCUCCGGGAGGUUCAGCAACCUAAUGAUGCUGAGUUGUGGGUAAUGAUACGCGGUGUUAGGCUUAGGUUUAGCAUUGAGGAAUUUGCAUUGAUUACUGGGUUAGACUGUGAAGGUGACUGUAGUGUCUUAGAUUUUAAGCAAGAGGUUAAUAGUCUUUGUGAAAGAUAUUGGCCAACUUCGUCUUCUAUCACUAAGGAAUCUGUUAGGGAAUGUUUUACCACCAAGAGGUGGGGUGAUUCUGAUGAGGAUGCUGUGAAGUUGGCAGUUUUGUAUUUCGUGGAGUGGUUCUUGCUUAGUGGCACUAAGCAUAAAAAUGUACCCAAGUCUAUUUUAGAUGUUGUAGAUAGUGGGAGGUACAAUGAAUUUGCUUGGGGCCGAAGUUCUUUUGAAUUGACUAUUUCCUCAUUGAAGGGUAAGCUUGAUAGUUGGGUUGAGGGUGUUAGGAAGGCAAGGAGUUCGGGAAAGAGGUCGAGUGUUUUUUACACUUUGAUUGGUUGUCCUCAUGUUCUUCAAGUUUGGUUCUACGAGUGUUGUAAGUACAUGAAAGGUAAGUACUGCCAAAAGGAAAGCUCUCGUAUUCCAAGGAUCACUCAGUGGACAUGCAAUAGUCAACCUACUUUCAAAGUUUUGAAGACUACUAUCUUUGAUGUUUCCAAAGAUAAGCUGCAACUUUCAAAUAUGAGGCCCACGGCUGGUGAGUUCAAAGCUUUGAAACUGAGCAGUUUCAAGUUCGACACCGACUACAACUCUUACAAGAGUCUUCCUCUUCCCGAAGAGCCAACUGUUGCUCAGAGUGACAUUUCUGUCAAGCUUGAUGCCUUUUCUGAGAAAUUUCAUGGGUUGGAGGUCAAGAUCGAUUCGUUGCAUACUUCCCAACAGAAGAUUUCAUCUGAUUUGGUUGAGUUGAAAGAGUUUGUGUCUGCACAGUUUGUUUCUUUUGGUGCUCAGAUGGCUCCAAUGCAGACACAGUUUUCUACUGUUUUUGCCGAUUCCUAUGCCAAGGUAUUUUAGUUUUUCAAUAGUUGUUUUUCGGUUUUUUUUAAGUUGUUUUAUACUAAUUUAAUUUGUAAUUUCAAUAUAGGAAAAAGGCAGUGACUCUUCCAAUGAUGAUGAUGGAGGUGGUGAUGAAGCAGAUCUUGAUUUAAAUGAAUCUGAAGAAACUGAUGAAAAUGAAGAAGAGAAUGUUAUGGGUGAUGAAGAAGGGGAGGGUAGUGAAGGUGAAGAGAAGGAUGGUCAAGCCGAUGAAGAUUCUGACUCAAAAGAAAAAAAUGAUAAUGGCAGUGAUGAUGAAUCCACUGAUAGUGAGGAGAAGGUAGAUAAGUAGACAAUGUAACUAGGUUUUAGUUACUUUGUGUGGUUUAUUUUGUUGUAAGUCCGUUUUAGGUAGUGCUCUUGUAAUUCUAUGUUAUUGUUAUGUCUCUUGUUAUGUUUUAUUUUUCAGAAAUUUGCAACUA